ACCCACAGUUCAAUAUCAUUUUGAGGAAGAAGGAAUAUAUAUAUAUAUAUGUUUUUAACUUUUCUAGCUUACCUAUUCAUUCGUGUGUACAGCUAGCUAGGUAUAACUUACGCCUCUGUGUGUGAUAUGUUGUCGGAAUGGCCGCCAACAUUAUGAGGUAACAUUGUGAUAUAUGUACUGAAGUUUGAAGGAAGAAGUACGACUUUUUCUAACACUGGCUACACACACUGACUUACACUAUGAGUGAGGUGCCCAUAGUGACGGCGAGGGCCAAUGUCAUGGUCUACGAUGACAUCAAUAAAAGAUGGCUGCCGAGCGGCAGCACGCAGGGCCUGGCAAAGGUGCAGAUCUACCAACAUAUGGUCAACAACACAUUCAGGGUCGUCGGGCGCAAAAUGCAGGACCACGAGGUUGUAAUAAAUUGUGCAAUUUUACGAACAUUAAAAUACAAUCAAGCCACAGUAACAUUCCACCAAUGGAGGGACAACAAACAGGUGUACGGAUUAAACUUCAGCUCACGAGAAGAUGCCGACAGUUUUGCUCAAGCUAUGCUGACAACACUCGACUCUUUAAGUCAAGGUACCGGUGCUCCUCCGCCGCCCCCACAACAGCCAAUUUACAACCAACCAAGCGUGCCCAACCCCAACGGACCUGAGCAAAGACAUUCUGGAGGUGGUCAUGUAAGACAACCAUCAGGGGGAGCCCCGAGAGAUUUCAGCCAUUAUGAGGCUCAGCCACCACAACCACAACAGCCCCCACAAGCCCCGAAAGUUCCAAAUGCUCCUCAGGCCCCAGCUCCACCAGCCCCUCCUCCAGCCCCUGCUGCCCCUCCAGCCCCUGCUGCCCCUCCUGCCCCUCCAGCACCUGCUGCCCCUCCUGCACCUCCAGCCCCCCCAGCACCGCCUUCUGGAGGAAUUCCCCCAGCCCCACCUGGUGCGGGGCCACCUGCCCCACCCCCUCCGCCGCCUGUGGGAGGAGGUGGAGGGGCACCUAGUGCGUCAUCAGGAGGAGGGGCAGGAGGGCUAGCAGCCGCGUUACAAGCUCAGCAACAGAAGAUGAAGAAAGUUGACACACAGGCUGACCGAUCAAGUGUAGGUGAAAAGAGCCGAUCCAGUGGAGGAGGAGGUGGCGGAUCAGGAAGUGGGGGAGGCGGUGACUUUAUGAGUGAACUUCAAAAGCGAUUAAAGAAGUCUAAAGCACCACCAGCAGCAGCAGCCAGUGAUCCCAGUAUCCAGACCCCGCCAGCAGGACCUGCCACCAGCAAUAGACCGCCGCCCACAAAAGCAACCAAUGGGAAGACGCUAUCAAAUGGAUCUGAUUCUCCACAGAUGAGUAGAAAGAAGCCAUCAUUUUUGACAAAAUCUGACAGGAGAUUAAACUCUUUACCUGGCCAGGAUACGACGGGAGUUUCUAACGGACCAAGCAAUUCGGAUCUAGAGUCUCUCAAACAGGAAAUUCUUACAGAAAUGAGGAAUGAAAUGCAUAAAGUCAAGAUAGAAAUCAUAGAAGCAAUUCGACAAGAGUUGGGCCAUAGAUAAAGCACAGUGUGAUAGUUGUCUGCCUGGUGUGUGUGAACUUGGACUGCAUUCUCUGGACGAUUUACCUCUUUGGUGCAGCGUACCACUUACACAAGGUGUUAACAGGCCCCGCUGGCCUCUUCUACUGACCAAACUCAUCGUUUCCAUGUAACCAGUAUAACCCCGAUACUAAGCUUCAUGUUUCAACACCUCUGUGAUCAAUGCUGACACUACAAAGUGGCGAAAUCUAGGGGAUUACGAGGCUUUAUUUUCAUACGUACCUUGUGUCAGAUUUACGAUAUGUUUCGGAAAGAAGAUGAUGGAAAGUUCCGACAUUACCACCUACUUCGGUUUGUUGGUUUAGAACAAAUUAUUCAUUGUAUAAAUGUGUAAUGAUCUGGACUAGGUGUAUCAUUGGGAUACGAGGAUUGGAUGUAAACAGUGUUUAUUUUAGACAAUUCCUUCUUGCUUUGCACUAUUUUUGGCUAAGCUGUAAACUAUUUUGAAUUGGAUUAAAUCAUCUUGACUAGAGUAAUUAAGUUGUGAAAUUUGAAACUGAUAUUACAGCAUUCUUAAAUAGCAAAGGUUAUUAACGAAAAUAUUCUAGAAAUGAAAAAGGAGUUUUUACAGUUAAUUUGUCGUAGCCCAGAUACAGUGGGAAUACUAGUUACUCAGUUUCACAGUUGAUAUUCAGGUUCGGAUAUAAUAUUUAUAAAGAAAUUUGGCAAUAUCGGUGUAUAUGUAAAGAUUUGUAGCCCGUCUGGAGGCGACUGUAACAAAUGUACAGAUGUGUAUAACGUAAUUAUGUUAACGUAUAAAUGAUGACAGACCAAUAUUUAUUAGAUAUUCAUUGUUCGAUUCUUUUUAAUACUGGUAACUAAUGAAAUAUUUCCAUUGUUUCUAAUUCUAUAUCCAUUUUUUGCCGUCACAUUUUGUUUCUAUGUAGUAAUUACUAGACAUACGAGUAUGAGUGGGAUAUGAGUGCUGUAUGAGAUGUUACAAAGAUUGCCUGUUGAGUGUGUGACACAAGCGAGCCAAAAAACUUUGUCAUUUAUAACUAUUAAUUAGAUCUUAACACAAUAAGACUUGCCCUGUCACUUCAUCAGAUUUUUUGUGUCGCAUGACCAGAUUUGUUGUGUCACAUGACUAGAUUUGUUGUGUCACGUGACCAAAUUUGUUGGGUCACAUGACAAGAUUUGGUGUAUCACAUGACCAGAUUUGUUGUGUCACAUGUUCAGAUUUGUUGUGUCACAUGACUAGAUUUGUCCUGUCACAUGUUCAGAUUUGUUCUGACACAUAAUCAGAUUUUUGUGUCACAUGACCAGAUUUGUUGUGUCACAUGACUAGAUUUGUCCUGUCACAUGAUCAGAUUUGUUGUGUUACAUGACUAGAUUUGUUGUGUCACAUGACUAGAUUUAUGGACAGAUUUGUUACAUCAUGAGUAAAUUGAGGACAUCAAUGAUACUGCUGUUCUAAGUAUUAACUAUCACCGGAGAUGAAUAGUUCUUUUUUAUAUUGAAAAGUAUCUAGUACAAAAUGAUGAAUAUUUUGACUUGAUAUAUAUAUACAAUGAUCUGUUGAUGUUUUUAUGGUUAUACGUGUAAACCCUAGAUUAGAGACCAAUCACUGACAGGAAUAAUUUCUGUCUAAAACACAAUUCAUUAUGAGAUAAAAUAUAUUGAUAUUUAUGACAAGUAUCAGUUUUAUGUGUUUAUUCCUGUAUAUCAGAACAACACUUCAUUAUGAGAGCACAAGUUGUCUCCCUUCCUUCUUAUCACAGAUUUAGUAGAAAUAGUGUUGUAUGUCUGUUUUUCUUUGUAAACAAAUACAAGUGCUGAAUCACACGAGGACAUCAGUAACAUUGACCCCAUCUUUGUAGACGUCGGGGGGACACGAUACACUGCUACUGAUUUCCAUUAGAGAAUGACAUCGGGAGAUAUAAUUAGAAAGUUUGUAAGAUGUUGUGUGAUUGUUAUUUAGUGUUGAUUAGUGAAACAAUGGAAAAGUGCAAUCUGAGUAGAAGGAGUGAAGUGAUGUGUUCAUGUAGGUAAUCUGAAAUAGAUUUUAUAAUGGACUGAAUGGAACGCUGUAUGGGCAAUAUUGACACGUGUGAUCAAUGGUGGUUAUACCAAGGGGAGAUAAUCACGUUGACACGUGUGAUCAAUGGUGGUUAUACCAAGGGGAGAUAAUCACGUUGACGCGUGUGAUCAAUGGUGGUUAUACCAAGGGGAGAUAAUCACGUUGACGCGUGUGAUCAAUGGUGGUUAUACCAAGGGGAGAUAAUCACGUUGACGCGUGUGAUCAAUGGUGGUUAUACCAAGGGGAGAUAAUCACGUUGACGCGUGUGAUCAAUGGUGGUUAUACCAAGAGGAGAUAAUUACAUUGACGCGUGUGAUCAAUGGUGGGUAUACCAAGGGGAGAUAAUCACGUUGACGCGUGUGAUCAAUGGUGGUUAUACCAAGGGGAGAUAAUCACGUUGACGCGUGUGAUCAAUGGUGGUUAUACCAAGGGGAGAUAAUCACGUUGACGCGUGUGAUCAAUGGUGGUUAUACCAAGGGGAGAUAAUCACGUUGACGCGUGUGAUCAAUGGUGGUUAUACCAAGGGGAGAUAAUCACGUUGACGCGUGUGAUCAAUGGUGGUUAUACCAAGGGGAGAUAAUCACGUUGACGCGUGUGAUCAAUGGUGGUUAUACCAAGGGGAGAUAAUCACGUUGACGCGUGUGAUCAAUGGUGGUUAUACCAAGGGGAGAUAAUCACGUUGACGCGUGUGAUCAAUGGUGGUUAUACCAAGGGGAGAUAAUCACGUUGACGCGUGUGAUCAAUGGUGGUUAUACCAAGGGGAGAUAAUCACGUUGACGCGUGUGAUCAAUGGUGGUUAUACCAAGGGGAGAUAAUCACGUUGACGCGUGUGAUCAAUGGUGGUUAUACCAAGGGGAGAUAAUCACGUUGACGCGUGUGAUCAAUGGUGGUUAUACCAAGGGGAGAUAAUCACGUUGACGCGUGUGAUCAAUGGUGGUUAUACCAAGGGGAGAUAAUCACGUUGACGCGUGUGAUCAAUGGUGGUUAUACCAAGGGGAGAUAAUCACGUUGACGCGUGUGAUCAAUGGUGGUUAUACCAAGGGGAGAUAAUCACAUUGACGCGUGUGAUCAAUGGUGGUUAUACCAAGGGGAGAUAAUCACGUUGACGCGUGUGAUCAAUGGUGGUUAUACCAAGGGGAGAUAAUCACAUUGACUUACACCCCUGACAUGGAUUAUCGGCGCUCAAAGAAACAACAAAGUUCUUUCCAGGGCUUAUUGUUAGAUGAAAUUAGAAGGUUCAGUGAUCCUGUAUAUUCAGUUUUAACUUGAUAACGUGGAACUGCUAGCCUGCUGCGCCAGGUCUACGUCAUAAUUGCCAAAACCUCUUAGAAAUGUCUGAAGCAGAUGUUCAGCUCUGCCUGGUGUUUCCUAAUCAAACAAAUGCCAUCUUGUCAUUUCUACCAAAUUGAAAGUCCAGGAUUACAUUUUAUUGAGUAGUGGACACUUGACCAUGUUGUUGCCCAAGCCUGUAUUGUAAGCUAGAGCUGGACAAUGGACACUUAAUCUGUUUAGUUUGUCCUGGUCACUUUACCAUCCUCAGGUAGGGUGCACAGUUACUGUAGACAAACAGACAGUAUAAAGUAUAUGAUAAAGAAAGGAGGUAAGAUUGAUUAAACAGAAGAAAAUAACAUGGCCUGCUUGAUUGCUCAAACUAUUGUUACCGAUCUCAGAAUUGGGGAAUAUAACAAAUGAUAUAGAAUAGGAAGCGUUUUAAUCCAUUACAUGUAGUUUGUUGUUUUGGAUGAUAUUCCAUACCUGAGCAAUGGAUUACUGUUAAUAUGUGGCCAAAAAAAGGAAAAGAAGAUAAACUAUUUUGUAAUAUAUUUGUAGUCAUGUUUAAUGCAAAAGUUCAACUAGGACGAUUAAGUAGUAUAAAUAGUAAGUAACUGAAUUUUUACCAACACUGAAAUCACAAUGACAUACUGUAGUUUCCACUGCACAACCGACCUUUUUACCAACUCCACUGGGGAGGUGCUCUCCACUGUAGCAAUGAUAACGCGAAACCCUAAAAAACAGAACAGUUGUCUAUAGCUUUAAUCUAUUCACAUGAGAAAACUUUUUUUUUUUCAUUCUAGUCGGCCCGAUCUCUCAAGUCGGUAGAUUUAGACCAAAAAUAAAAAAUCCAAUUCCUAUGCUUGUUAUUUUACCAUUUAAACUCAUUCACCCCUAAAGACACAUUUGACCUCUGCUAAUUCAAUGGUUGGAACAGUUCAUUAUGAAAUUUCAGGGGUGAAUGAGUUAAUACUUGCUGUACAGAAAUCCAUACCGAGUGCUUGUGGGCUUUAAAUCACGUAGUUAUAGGAUUCAUUAGACCCAAAUCAUUGUUUUAACGCCCGCGUGUAGAAUGUAGCGUACCUAAAUCAUCAUUUUAAUGCCAAAGUAGAUGCUGUUGAAAACACUAGAGUAGAUUUUACGAGAUUGAAGUUGUCGUCAGCUAGUGGUGCCAUUUUGUACCUGUAAAGUAUCCGCUAAGUUCUUUUACAAGUACUGGUGGCUAUUCUUGUAAAACAUCUACCGCGUCCCAGGACUCCGGGGUUUGUUUAGCGGUACAGCUCAAAAAAUGAAAUUACCCAGUAUUAAUUUGCAUAGAAGUACCGUAAUACCUUGUAGGCAGGAAACACAUUCACUGAUAGAAGUGAUUUAUUUCGGUGCUGGGGUUAGGUAGAUUUUUGUACGGGAAUAGCCCUGACAUACAACACAAUUUAUUUAGCAAGAACCCUGAUCGUUGCUCGGGACAAAUCUUGCUUUUGUUAUCUUUAUUAUUACCCUGUACUGAUUAUAUAUACAGUGGUAGUAUAUUCAAUUAAUAUUAAUUAUAAUGAGCAAUCGUUAACGGAGUGGGAGUUAUGUUUGAAACCAAAGUGUCCUGACUAACUAUCAGUUUAAUCAAUAUCUCUUUCCAUGAUAAUUUGUACAUUGUACUUGCUUAACUCAGUCACCCCUGAAAUGUCAUAAUGAACUCUUCCAUCCUUUGAAUUGGAAGAGCUCAAAUGUGUCUCCAGGGGUGAAUGAGGUAAGAUUGUUUAAGAAUUACUGGUAAUUUUAUUCCCUUCAGACAGUCAAUGAGCUAGAUUUUUAAGGUGUGAGAUCAGAAGGGAAUGGACAUGUUCAUUUUUUGUAAGUUUCUCCAUGUUUAACUGUUAGACACCCAUUGCUGAUUCUGGUAUUGAUAUGCCAACAUUUGCUGAAUCAGUUUGUAAAUAUUUUGUUUCAUAUGGAAAUCUUCUUUUUUUUGUGCCAUUAAAAAGAUGCUUCGCUCAUUUUAUAUUGAAGCAAAGACAUAUUUCAUCUCAUCAUGGUUAUAACUGAAAUAUGUAUAUUCAUUUGUAUUGCCCACACAAAGAACAAAUCAGUUCACUUUCAAUAGAAAAACUUCCUUUGUCAUCGUAUCUGUAACAUAAUAUUUCCUUAAAGAUAAAAUCUCAUUUUUUCCUUUUUGUCUUUUUCUUACAGCAAUUCAGUUUCUUAUGUUUACCCUCCUCUCUGUCAUAAGUCAUAAUUGAUUUUUAUAUUUCAUUUAUUCGAAUGUUAUGAAUAAAUCAGCAAGGAGAUAAGAUAGCCUAGUCCUGUUCCCCCUGAUUUAACAAAUAGGGUUUCUGGUAUUGGUUAUUCCACUAUUGAGGUGGAAAAUAAAAAGUGUGUUAAUUUCGCAGCUGAAAAAAAAGAGAUAUAAAAUUGAGGUCUUGCAGUGGUAUGAUUUUUCUUCAUUUAUACUUCUGAAAAUGUUCCAUUAUCUCAUUCUUUACCUAGUUUUAUUAGCCCAGUAUAUAACUAGAAAGUAGAAAGCUAUCUACCUCCUAAAGUGUGCCUCUCUCUCUCUCUAGCGUAGACCAGCUUACAGAAAUCGUAAUUUCAAAGCAAUUUUGAUAAUAUCCCAAAAACCAAGUUGACAAUUUAUGUUGUAAAAUAAUUAACCAAAUUUCACAUAUGAAUUAAAAUUUACAUAUUCUAGCAAUUGGUCAUUCCCAUACUCCCAUAUUUUAUGCAUAUUUCAAUGGAAAUGGCGAUUUUGUUUUUGUUUAAUAGCAAUUGAUAUUUGACAAAAGCUUCUGGAAAUUGAUAAUGUGUAUGGAGCUAGGUAAAGAUCUUCAUUUAGAAAUGAGGAUUGUGACGUAUAGUUAGCAUGUACCCGGUAUUUCAAUGAAAACAGCAUUAACUGCCUUCGUACACGUAACUGUACUGUGAGGACGUUUGGCGCUAUACAUGGUUAUAUUUUCCAUAAUUGUUUAUUUUCAUGUCAAUUACUAAGGAUUAAACAUGUCAAUCAUAGUUCUUCCACAGUAAGUUAGAACAUGCAUAAAGUCCUCAGCAGAAUGUUCAUAAAUCAAAAUUGCAGGCAAUUUCUUCAAACCCCCCCCCCCUUCUAUGUAUCAUAGAUGGGAAUGACCGGAUGUCUCCGUCAUUUCCUGUCUCUCUUCUCGUGGUCUGGCAGGGGAUCUGUCUGGUUUUCGGAAGUUUUCUUACCCGAUAAGAAACCUAAAGCUUCUGUUCCUAUUAUUAGGUGAUAUGUUGACAUGUAUUCUCCGUCUUUCUCUAUAUAUUUAUGCAGACUUUUACUUGAACAAAUGCCAUUAAUGCAUUUGCAUGGUGGUGAAGUUUGAUCGGAUAUUUUUGUGCGUGUUUAUAUUCAAACAUAUGAACUACUGUCAACAUAAACAACAACAGAAUUAUACAAAUAUUUAGAAAUACAUACUGAUUUCAAUGAUUUGGUGUUCCGGUGGUAAAAUUGUUUGUGGAGAGAUAUCAAUGUUCUAUCCUGAAGUCAAUCAAAUAAUCCAUUUUGUUAAUUGAAAUGUUUGAAUCCCACCCAAAGAAUUUACUGACAGUUGAGGGGAAUUAGACUUGCAAACGUCAUGUUGCAUCCGACAGGAAACUUGGUCAAUGAUAUAACCAAUAGUUACCUAGGCCGCAUUCAUUUAUCACAAUCCAAAUGGUUAAACCAGAGUUGUUCGUUUAUGAAAUACGAUAGGACCUAUUAAUCUGAUGCUGCUUUCAGGCGAGCCUUGCAAGGCUUGCAUAAACAUUUGCAGGUCUGCCAGGAUCUAUACCUGAAAUUGUUACAUUUAAAAAAUAGACUAUGGUUGAACCGGAUACGUGAAAGGGGCCCCAAGUCUUUGGUUAACACUAGCUGUCCAGUUUGUAAAUAUUACAGAUGUUAGGGUACAGUAACUUUGCUGGCAUAGUACAAAAUCAAAGGGAGAUAAUACAUUAUACAUUUCUCUAAAUAUUAAUCAAAUACGUACAAAUCAUCAAAAUCCACCAAUGUACAACUGAUAGAGUUUAUUUGUUACUUUGAUCAUUGUACUGUAGAAACGACUGAUAUAUGUGUAGCUGUAAACAAUCUGUAAUGCAGGAUAUACAUGCAGUCAAUUUAAAUUGUACUUUAUGGAGGGCAUUUGUUGGCCCUAAUGACCUAUCCUGUAUUAGUAAUAAUGUACUGAAUGUCUGAACAAAAACUUUACUGAACUCCGGGAAUCUGCAAUCAGAUCAAUACAUGUUCUUUAAUUCUGAUAAAAAUAAUAAUAAUUAAAGUGGCGGUAUUGAAAUUCAUUUCAAGGGGAAUUAAGAAGUGAUAAUUAAACUUUCAUUUUUUAGGGAAAAAAGAAAGUCUGAUUUUCUCUCAAUAACAGUAAGAUAGCUGCUGUUUUAGUUACUAGGACCAGAUUCUAUGAGAUAAACAUGAACUUUUUGUAGAUUCCAAUCUGUCGGGUGUUCACACAUAUUCCAUGUUUGCACUCAUUUUGUUUCUUGCAAAUCAUGAACAUUGGAGAAUCAAUUAUACAUGUAUAUUGUAUUUAUCUUGUAUGUACAAUAAACGUAAUUGCUUUUAUAAACCAU